AUGGAUCAACAUCUUCAAUUGCUGAGACAGUUCGUCAACCUUGUGAGGUCGAACACGGAUAUCUUGCACGACCCGAAGUUUGGAUUCUUCCGUGAAUUCAUGGAAGAAUUUGGUGCUAAAAUCCCACCGAAGAAAAAGGACACAGGUAGCCACGCGCAACCGGAAGGUCAGGCGAAAGAGCGCGAACCUGAGCCCAUGGACGUAGAGGAAGAACCACCAAUUCCAUAUCCAUCGGACAUUGAUAACACUGGCGUCAUAGAAGCGGACGAUAACUCGGAUCCACUUCCUAUGGGUGACCCGAAUAAGGAGGCGUCGGACGACGACAUUGAGAAAGCAAACGAGGCAAGGGACAAAGCAAUGGCUGCUUUCUCUGAAGGAAACAUGGACGACGCGCUGAAAUAUUUCACAGAAGCCAUCGAGUUGAAUCCUGGAUUGGCCAUAUUACAUGCCAAGAGAGCAAAUGUUCUCCUCAAACUCAAACGUCCAAUGGCGGCCAUUGCCGACUGUAACAAAGCAAUUUCCAUUAAUGCUGACUCUGCUCAGGGAUAUAAGUUCAGAGGGAGAGCCUACAGACUGCUUGGAAAAUGGGUCGAAGCUCACGCCGAUCUCGCAACCGCAUGCAAACUGGACUACGAUGACGUAGCUAAUGAAUGGCUCAAGGAAGUAGAGCCGAAUGUGAGUCUUUCUCUUUCCACUAUUUUUUAA